AUGUCACAGGACUUUCGUACGUCGUCCAUCGGUCGGCGCCUCAAGAACAGCAGCAAGGACUCUAGCCGCCGCAUUCAAACCAAGUCAAAGUCCAACAUUGUCCUCGUCGAGCACGAUGAAGCCCGCAGCUUUGCCCUCCGAACCGCCUACCUUCAUUAUCUCCUCCAGCCGAAAGCGAAGCGCAAGCAAUAUGUUGCCCCCCCAAAGCCCCCCGCCCGCACGCACACGAGCGUUGGCCAGCUCGUACAGGAAUACGUGUCUGGCAGCGCCUACGGCCUCAAGCUUCCCAGCAACUUCCCCAACAUUCUUCUGGAUCGCGUUGGCGGCGUCUUGAAAGGUUCCGAGCGCUUGCCCGGCUUCAACGAUGCUGCCGUCAAGCGCUGUUUCGCAGAGGCCUAUACUGCCUUUUCUGAAAAGAACUUUCGCAGAACCAUUGAAAAGGAACGCAAAUUUGAACCCUUGGUCCUCAUAUUCUACUCGUCCGCCACCAAGGCUGCCCAAAGAGGUCGCGCCCCAGACGAUGAUUCCUGGAAGCUUUUGCCAGAUCGUCAUCUGGCGUUGUUUGUCCGCCUCGCUGCCACCAUACUCCGAGACCAGGGCCACGAACGCGACAAGUCCGAAUUGCUCUCCAGACUGACCACACUGGAAAAUAAGCUCCUCACAAAUGACCAAGAUCUCGUCAGCUCUGGCUCAGAUUCUGCAGGUACCACCAUUGAAGUUGUUGUCCCUCUGAGCUAUGACGUCAAGGACAUGCCAAUGGUUCAAAUUGUCGCUGCCAUAUUUGGACUCAGCCUCUCAGAGGUACAAGCCGAAAUCAACGAGAAGCGUAGUAUUUGGAACGAGGAAGCAGCUCUCAAAGAUCUCAAGACGUACCAGCAACGUCUGAACUCCAACGGUUCUGGUGCUCUCCGCAGCAAUGACUUUGACGUCGAGGAAUCAUUCACCGAGUGGCAGAAAUCCGAAGCGCACUUUCUUUCCCAGAUGAUGCUCGAGAUCUUGACAGCCAAGCCCGAACUAGCGAAAUCAUCCCCCUCUGCCGAUAAGCCCCUGACCAGUCGUCCACAAUCAAUGUACGUCGAAGAUCAAGCCUAUGCGGAUCUCAGCCGUGCCAUCUCUUCGGUAGACACACCUUUGGGAUUCGAUCCCUUGGCUUCUAUAUCUAGCAUCUCUAGCGAUGCAAACAGUAUCCGGACUGUCGACCAAGGCGACUUGUACACCUUUAUUCCAUCCGAUCCGCGCGCCUUUUAUAAGUAUAUUCUUCAGCAUGCCAUGGCCUUUGACCAACUGCGUGCCCCCUCUGACGUCGACUAUCAACCGCUCUCGAAGCAAACCAUGGACUUUAUGACGGAGCUUUGCGUACGGUGGCGAUUACCGCAGGCUUCGCGACUGAUUGUUUUGCUCGAGGUCGCGGCGCGCAAGUUUCUAGAUCAGGAGCUUGUCCCCAAAGAGCUUGAUAUCAUUCUGGAUUUCGUCAAAGAUCCCCAGCCAGAACCCAAGAAGGCGCCUUAUAUCCAAAAUUACUCACUGCCUUUGACCAAGAUACCGUCUAGCAAAUGGACGAUCCACGAUUUUGCCGUUUAUCAAAGCACUUUUCAUUCCAUUCAUGACGCCACCUUGCGAGAACUUUACCGCAUAAUGGCGCAGUGCUACGACAGCACACCUCCUAAUAUUGGCGCUGUAAUGUUCAUACUUGAGAAUCACCUCUAUCAGGACGAGAUCUUCACACCGAGACCAGAAGCAAUUGCCGAGUUCACAGAAUCUCUUACCACUGCUUUGCGAAACAAAGCAGUCGACGUAUACCGCGAAAGCAUGCGCAAAGAGAUUCCAGUCGUUAAGGAGCAGUGGGAGUUUGCUCAUGUCGUGAAGCUUGGCAAGACCAUCACAAAGCUUUGUGAUCGCAUCAGAAAGCGUUACAAGAACAAUCUAACCAUUAUGGGCGUGGAUCCUUUUGCAAUCUUAGUAGAAGAAGUUUUUCCCAAUUGUGAGUGCGAUGCUGGGGCGAUUCUUGAAACAAUUCUUGGGCAAGCACAAGCCAGUGGUGAAGACAUCGAUAUCGAAGAUGGCUUUGAGCUUUACAAGGAGCUGGUUGCUAUACGAGACAUUCACCAAAAACAUCUCCCCCACAAACCUUUCGCUUUCAACGUUGAAAAUUUGCUUGUCGACUUCGUCUGGCGAUGGGUUCGCUCUGCUGAAGCGAAGAUGACCAACUAUGUCGACGAGGCAAUCAAACAAGAUCAGUUCCAGGUCCGCAUACAACAUGGUGAUCACAGCCCUCGCGACUCAGAGAGACAUAGCGUGUCUGUUAUUGACAUAUUCAUGCUGUUCAAUCAGACAGUGGACCAGGUCUUCCAGUUGAAAUGGGACAAUGACGAACACAACGCUCGGUUUAUGACAGCCCUUGCACGCAGCUUCUCGGCAGGCCUCGGCCGUUACUGCGAGGUUCUUGAGCUGCAGUUCUCCAAAGAAAUGGAUCGCCCGUCAGCCGAGGAGCUUGCAAUGCAGACCAAGUCAACUCAAGAAAAAUGGAUGCAGUACGCCAAAGAUGCCUGGAAUAACAAAGAAAAGGCAGAGCCAUUUCAGUUCUUUGCCGAGUCCUUUGUCAAGCUUAACAAUAUCGAGUUUGCAAUGCAAGAACUUGACAAGUUGGAAAAGAGCAUGCACUCGGAUGCUUGCGCUGAAUUGCUGGAAAAGAUUGAUGGCCCUAGAAAGCAGACACGAAAGCCAAGCAAGUACACAUUCACCAUUAAGGUUGUUGAAGCAGAAGACCUCAAGGCUUGCGAUCCCAGCGGCUACAGCGACCCUUAUGUCGUCUUUGGAGACGAGGUCAACAAGCGUCUGUAUAAAACCCGUAUCAUCUACAAGAACCUUAACCCGCGAUGGGACGAGUCUUUUGAGUUUACUGUGCAAGGUCCGGUGAAUUUGAUCGCAACUGUCUGGGAUUACGACACGUUUGGAAACCACGAUUGUGCUGGCCGAACCUCGUUGAAGAUCGACCCUGUUCAUUUUGGUGAUUAUCUUCCUCGAGAAUUCUGGCUCGACUUGGACACCCAAGGUCGAGUGCUUAUUCGAAUAAGCAUGGAAGGCGAGCGCGACGAUAUUCAGUUUCAUUUUGGCAAGGCUUUCCGUCACCUUAAAAGAGCAGAGCGAGACAUGGUGCGCAAGAUUACCGACAAGGUAUGUGGUACCAGGACCUCUGCAAAUGACCGGUCAUUAAUCGAAGAACAGCUUACAAGUCAAAUCAACUCGACGCUGUCCGUCGAAACCCUACGGGGCAUCCUAGGAUUGAAUGGCCUUAGUUCGCAGGUGACCAAUUUGUGGAAGAAACGUACAUCUACUCUUCCAGUAGUGACGCCGGCACACAUUGAGAAUGCCCUGAAGCCGCUAUUUGAUUAUUUUAACGAUAACUUUACCAUCAUGAAGCAGACGCUAACUGAUGCAACAAUGAUUGCCGUUAUGACACGACUGUGGAAAGAAGUCCUCUUGACGAUUGAAAACCUGCUUGUCCCACCCGUCUCCGACAAGCCAUCAACACAGAAAGCUCUCAGCCGAAAAGAAUUGGACAUUGUUUACCAAUGGCUCGAGCUCUUGUUUGUCUUCUUCAAUGCCAAGGAACAGGACUCUGGCGAGCAGCUUGGCGUUCCCGCCGAGGUUCUCAAGUCGCCUAAGUGGCACGAGCUGGCGUCGCUCAACUUCUUUUACUUUGAAGACACGAACAGCCUCAUCCGGGAGUCGGAGCGUAUGGCCUCUGCCACGGCGCAGCGUGCGCAGCAGGCGCUCCUGAGCAACCAGCAGGCGAUGCGACACUCAGCGCCGCCAGGCUUUGGGGCCGCGCUUGGCGGCGCAGGCGCCUUUGCAAGCAUGGGCACGAUUCGUCGCGGCAAAAGUAUCAUGAUGAGCCGCAAUCUGGGCACUAUGCGCCAGGCCAAGGAGGCAAAGCGCCGCGAGACGCAAGCCGACCCCAGCGACGACAUGAUUCUGCGCAUUCUGCGCAUGCGUCCUGAGGCCGCGCAUUACCUCAAGGAGCGCCACAGGCAAAAGGAGCGCCAGGCUGCGACGGCGGCGGCGGCCUUGAUUGUCAAGAACUCGGUCACGCAGGGCUGGAACACGGGACUGAGGGCGGGCGCAUCUUUUGGAAGAAUGAAUUUGCCUAGGCGAUGA